AUGAAUCCACUCGGCCACAAUGGCUUUCUGAUGAAGGCGGGAGAACACCUUCCGCUCGUUGCAGAUGGCCUGCGGUGCUACCACAAAUUCAAGGGCCAGACCGAAGCCGAAGAGCGAGCAAGAGCUUACUCGCUACAGAGAUACUUGGGGAAGGAUGGAGCGUUGGUCAAGGUGGCAGAGCUGCUGCCUGGGUCCAACCUCAUUGCCUCAGCGAUGUUAGACUUGCGGGGGCACCACCAAGAAGCCCAGGAAGCCCUGAAUCUGCUGAAGAACUGGCAGCAGUGUGGCAGCCCGGAUGGUCCACUAGCGAAGGUAGCUGAGAUGUUACCUGGAGUGGAUGUUAUUGCCUUUGGCAUCCACGUCCAGUCUGGGAACUUCGCGCAGGCACUCCGCAGCAUCUCCAAAACCCGCUGGACGACCAUUACGGGAGAUUCCGUGGUGAUCAACAUGAUGGUGGAGACGCUUCAUGGCUGGACGAUUACCAACCUAGAGGUGGUGAACCUGGAUGUCGAUCCGGUGGCAAGCUUCAUGUAUGGAGGUCUGCUUGAUGUGGUGAUGCUUCUCAUCGAGGCUCUUGCUGUCUUCAAUGCUCCCCUUGCCAGCCCUGACGCCACGCAGACCUCGUGGCGCCGCAUCGACGACCUGGGCGGAGGGCUCUUCCUCUGCGGCGCAGCGGCUCUCGACAACAGGGCCGAGUUGGAACGCCUCGGAAUCCGUUCAAUUCUGAACUGUGCUACAAAGGACAUCUAUGACCGAUCUUAUUCCGGAGGAGCACCUCUGCGCCAAAAAUUGGAAGGCUACAAUGUGCAAACCUUUGACGCCGAAGACAUCGAAGAGCAGCCCAUGACCGAUCUGUGGAAGUCAGGCUCCGAGUUCAUCGACAGCUCCCUGCAGACGGGAGGUGGUGUGGCAAUCCAUUGUGCUCAGGGCAUUAGCCGGUCAAGCAGCACCUGCAUCGCAUAUCUCAUGAUGAAGGAGAGGAUGACAUUGGAUGCUGCUUUCCGCCGCGUCUUCCAAGCACGGAACUACAUCCGCCCCAACCCAGGCUUCUGGCAACAGGCCCUGCGCAAGCAGUCUCUUGUGAUGGGGAGGGCUUUAGUGUUAGCAAGGGUCUUGCCCGGUUCGCCCGCACUGAGCUCAUAG